AUGCCUACAGAAAAUAGUCGCCAGAUACCUCGCAUCUCCCUGCACGAUUGGGAUAAUCGCAAAAAUGAGAUUCAGAAGGAGAUUAUGAACGCUGCUGAAAAUGUCGGAUUCUUCAUAAUAAAGGAUCAGGACUCGCCCUCAAAAGCAGAUAUCGAAGAGGCCUUUCGGAUAUCGGAAUCCUUCUUUCGAUUACCGGAAGAUGUGAAAUCUAGGACUCCGUUCAUCAGAGAGCAAAAUACAGGCUGGGAGAAGAGGGCCCAGAUCAGACCCUCCACCAACCUGCCAGACCAGAAGGAAUCAAUCCAGCUUCAGUAUCACAGACGAUAUGACCCAACAUGGCCCGUCGUGGAUGACCAUAUUCCGGAUUUUCACAAGACAAUAUCAGGAUUCAUAGAAAAGACACAGACCGUUUCCAUGCGUAUUCUCUCUUGUCUUGCGAUCGGACUCGGCCUCGAAGAAGAUUACUUCACAAAAAUCCACGACAUCAGAUCUAACGAAGCUAUGACGACACUCAGGCUUUUACACUAUCAUGAAAACGAGACUCGGGCAAUUCCUGACGGACAUAUCCGAGCCGGUGCUCAUACAGAUUACGACUUCCUCACCCUAUUGUUCCAACGUACCGGUGAAGACGGCCUCGAGGUUUGUCCUGGUCGGGAAUGUUACACCAGUUUCGGAAUGAGUGAUGUCUGGACGCCCGUCAAGGCUAAUACUGGCGAGAUAGUCUGCAACAUCGGAGACAUGUUGAUGUCGCUGUCGGAUGACAGACUGAAGAGUCUAUUCCACCGUGUCCGGAAUCCUCGUACAGGAGAGAGUCAGAAGGCAAGGCAUAGUAUUGCAUUCUUCAACCAACCAAUCAGAUCCGCUGUGAUCCAAGGGCCUUUGAAAAAGUAUCCGCCUAUUACUGCAAGGGACUUCAUCUUAGAUGCUGCACGAAGAAAUUAUGCUCAAGGUGAGAAAGAACGGGAAGAUGCAAUCAAGAGCUCCAAAUUCCAAUACCCGGAUAACAUUCGGCCAGGUAUCAUAGUAUCAGCGAAUGCGUAA